AUGGCACCGUAUGAAGCGUUAUAUGGUCGUAGAUGUUACACUCCUACUUGUUGGACUGAACUGGGUGAGCAACAAAUUCUGGGGCUGGAGCUAAUCGCUGAUACAGAAGACAAGGUAAAGUUGAUUCGAGGUCGGUUGAAAGAAGCGUUUGAUAGGCAGAAGUCCUAUGCAGACUUGAAACGUAAAGACAUUGAGCACUCUGUAGGGGAUUAUGUUUUCCUUAAGGUAUCGCCGUGGAAGAAAAUUAUGAGGCGGUACUGUUCUGAUCCCUCACACGUCGUGCCAGUCGAAGAAAUUGAUGUUAGGCUCGAUUUAACUAUUGAGGAGAAACCAAUGCAGAUCUUGGAGCAUGAUGUUAAGGUAUUGAGAAAGAAAUCUGUUUCACUGGUCAAGGUGCUUUGGCACAAUCACGGCGCAGAGGAGGCCACAUGGGAACCAGAAGAGGCGAUGCGGCUUUAUGGAUAUUUGUGGUCGCUUAUUACCACAAGAAGCCUUAUGGCUUGGUGGCGUGAGGUGUGCUUUGGCUUCAGGAAGGACUGGGGUUCGGAUCCUAUGAGCUGCAGAAGACGUCAUUUUGCUGCAUGGGGGUGGCAAGAGUUUAUGGCGAAUUCAAAUUCUUCCGUGUGGGAAUUUGAAUUGGUCUUUGGUUGUUGGGAGAAGAUUAUGGAGGGAUAA